AUGCCAACCCUGGUCUACAAGGACGCGGAACUAGGACUCCGCGGCACCAGGUCUACAAGGACGCGGGACCAGAGCGAGGACGCGGGACCAGGGCAAAGCCACGGGACCAGGACUCUGCGGGACCAGGAUUCUGCGGGACCAGAGCGAGGCCGCGGGACCAGGACUCCGCGGGACCGGGACUCCGCGGGACCAGGACUCCGCGGGACCAGACUCCGCGGGACCGGGACUCCGCGGGACCAGAGCGAGGACGCGGCACGCGGGACCAGGUCUACGAGGACGCGGCACGCGGGACCAGGACUCCGCGGGACCACUGGAUACACAAGGCGCCCAACGACUCUGCAGAGGUAUGUGUAG